AUGACGAGUACAUUUGGCAAUGUGCGCGAUCGAGCCGUACUGCGAAAUAUGCACCGAACUCUGGUCGGUCACAGACUCCAAGAAAUGUGUCGUCUGCCCACCGUGACCACACCGAGCGUCUCUAACUCUCGUCCUGAACAGGUUGCAUCGGAGCCGGAUACCGCGACUAAACAUCCGAGGAAACAUUCACUCUGGGAAUACAAACCAUCGAUUCAAAAGGGGCAAAUCCCUCGCAUCCCAUCCAAAAAGGAUGCCUCGGAACUAAAAACAACGCUUCCUUCGGUAAACAGUGGUUGGGCCCAUGUCAGACAUGCCAACAAUCACCUAAACCCGACUUCCGUUGCAUUACGCACCAAGUCUUUGCGUAAUCGCUACAGCCACCAAGCUGGCUAUGAUACGGUAACCCCGGUGGUCAGUGGUUUGAAAACCUUGUGA